GGUCGUACGGCCCUGCACUGGGCAGUUGGUCAAGGGAAGGCCGAGGUUGCUUAUCAUCUGCUUCGCUGUGGCGCAAAUCCGGAGAUUCAAGACCGAAACGGCAAAACACCGCUGAGUCUAGCGGCAGGGCUCGGUUUCUUAGAUGUCGCGACAACCCUCAUAUCAGCCGGAGCGGACAUUCGGCGGGGCGAUAUCUGGGGUAGUACGCCUUUGCACAACGCAGCUAUGCGAGACCAUCCUGAGAUCAUGUUGCUUCUAUUUAAGGCAGGCGCUGAGCUCGACGUCCGGAAUGGAGUUGGCGAG